UCAUCUAUUUCUUCUUCAUCUUCUACUACGAAUCGAAUUGAAUGGAAGAAGAAGAGAACGGGGAGGUUUGUGACACAGAGUUGUGCCUCAGCCCCAUCGGCCAGCGCCGGAGUUCGAGAAGAGGGAAAGCUCCAGAGUUGAAGCAAGAGGACGACGGCAACAUCACUAUAUUUUACGAUGGAAGGAUUAGCAUAUGUGAUGUUACAGAAAUCCAAGCAAGAGCUAUUAUAAGCAUGGCAAAGGAGAUGGAGGUGGAAAUCAAAAACAACGAUAACAAGAGCAGUGAUACAUUGGAACGUUUGCAAGUCCCUUGCGGAUCAAACACAACAGCAUCAUCUAUGGCAAUGGUGACAGUGGUGCCGUCGCUGUUGCUGAACCAAAGGCCUUCGAUGAAGCGAUCACUGCAGCAGUUUCUGCAGAAGAGGAAGACGAGGAGGAGCCUCCAAGUCUCAUCGCCUCCCUAUCAGUAA